CUCUACUACACCAUAUCACAAAAUGGCCUCCAAGAAUGCUAGCAGAGCGCUGCGCGCCUCAUUGAGGCAGAUAAAGGCGCCACAGGUGCAGCAACGAUCUUUCAUCUCCGCUGUCAACAGCACCAGCCGGGCCAGCCUCCGUCCAGCUCGGAAAGCGACCACAUCUGCAUUCGUGCAGCAAACACGAGGCAAGAAGACCGUCGACUUCGCUGGCGACAAAGAAGUCGUGUACGAGCGCGACGACUGGCCGCGUGACAAGCUCCUUGACUACUUCAGGAACGAUACCCUCGCCCUGAUCGGUUACGGGUCGCAAGGUCACGGACAGGGUCUGAACCUACGCGACAACGGCCUCAAUGUCAUCAUUGGUGUGCGAAAGAACGGCGCCAGCUGGAAAGAGGCAGAGCAAGAUGGCUGGGUUGCCGGCAAGAACCUCUUCGAGGUCGAUGAGGCUAUCCAGAAGGGCACAAUCGUGAUGAACCUGCUCUCAGACGCUGCCCAGUCUGAGACCUGGCCACACAUCAAGCCAAUGCUCACCAAGGGCAAGACUCUCUACUUCUCCCACGGUUUCUCCCCAGUCUUCAAGGACCAGACCAAGGUCGAGGUGCCAAAGGACAUCGAUGUCAUCCUGGUCGCGCCCAAGGGAUCUGGACGUACUGUCCGAACUCUCUUCCGUGAGGGCCGUGGUAUCAACAGCUCCGUCGCUGUGUUCCAGGAUGUGACUGGCAAGGCUGAGGAGAAGGCAAUCGCCCUUGGUGUUGCCAUUGGCUCUGGUUACAUGUACAAGACCACCUUCGAGAAGGAGGUCUACUCGGACCUUUACGGUGAGCGUGGGUGCUUGAUGGGUGGUAUCCACGGCAUGUUUCUCGCUCAGUACGAAGUCCUCCGCGAGCGCGGCCACUCUCCAUCCGAGGCUUUCAACGAGACCGUUGAGGAGGCUACGCAGUCUCUGUACCCUCUGAUCGGCCAGAAUGGUAUGGACUACAUGUACGCUGCCUGCUCCACUACCGCCCGCCGUGGUGCCAUCGACUGGAGCAAGCGAUUCAAGGAGGUCCUCAAGCCAGUCUUUGACGAGCUGUACGAGAGCGUGAAGACCGGCAAGGAGACCAAGCGCACCAUGGAAUACGCCGGGCGCCCAGACUACCGCCAGGCUUUCGAGAAGGAGAUGGAGGAGAUCCGCAACCUUGAGAUCUGGCGAGCUGGAAAGGCCGUCCGCAGCCUUCGCCCAGAGAACGCAUGAUUGUGUUCGCACAUGGGGUUGGCCGGGGCACAAAGGUGGAGUUGCAUGUGGUUGACAUUGAGUCGAAGCAUCCAGACGCCAUUGCAUGCACAUUGCAAUCAUUUCGCAUGCAUCGGAGCGCAUGCCGACUUUCUCGGCCGCUGAAAUUGCCUUUGAUCAUGGUUCAGAGCUGAAGGGCACUUUUUCCUACCAGGAGUUGGCGUGCGUUUGGGUGGUACGCGAAAAACGGGCUCCAGCGAUCUCGAAAGUUCUGUAGCAUUAUUGACCUUGUGUGAAUGUAGCUGUCGCGCGACAGCAAGCUGUGUUGAUUG